CCGCAGGGGGGCGCCCCUGGCCGGCCAGUGCUGGCGGCUAGCGGUCCCCAGGGUAGGGCGCGUCGCCUGCAAGAAGAUGUCGGUGUCCGGCGGAGAGCGGCCGGCGCGGCCUGGGACCCGCCUGUCCUGGCUACUGUGCUGCAGCGCCCUGCUGUCCCCGGCCGCCAGCUAUGUGAUCGUGAGCUCCGUGUCCUGGGCGGUCACCAACGAAGUGGACGAGGAGCUGGACAGCGCUUCCACUGAGGAGGCGCUGCCUGCGCUGCUGGAGGACUCGGGCAGCAUCUGGCAGCAGAGCUUCCCUGCCUCAGCGCACAAGGAGGAUGCGCACCUGCGGCCCCGGGGCUCCGCCAGAGCCAGGCCCGGCCCCGCACCGCGAGGCAUGUUCUCCUACCGGCGGGAGAGCGACCCCGCGGGGGCAUCCUCCAGUCGCAGGCUGCACGCCGGCACCGCGCGCUCCCUGGUCCACGCCAGCGCCUGGGGCUGUCUGGCCACCGCGUCCUCCCACGACCAGAUCCAAGGGCUGCCAUUUGGGAGCUGCAUGGCCAUCAGUGACGGCCCCUUCCACAACAGCACUGGGGUCCCAUUCUUCUACGUGACAACUAAGGACCCUGUGGUGGUCGACCUGGUGAAGAACCCCAUGGCCUCGCUGAUGCUGCCGGAAUCAGAAGGAGACUUUUGCAGAAAAAACAUCGUCGACCCAGAGGAUCCCCGAUGUGCCCGGUUAACACUCACUGGCCGAAUGAUCGUUGUGCCUCCUGAAGAAGGAGAAUUCGCCAAGCAAGCCAUGUUUUCAAGGCAUCCAGGAAUGAGGAAAUGGCCUCGACAGUAUGAAUGGUUCUUCAUGAAGAUGAGUAUAGAACACAUCUGGCUUCUGAAAUGGUACGGAGGUAUAUCCGACAUCUCACGAGAGGAGUAUUUCAAAGCAGCUCCCAGAAAGGCCUGACAGACUAACACGGAAACUUAGGAGCUUUCAUUCCAAUGAAAACCUUUGAAAGUGAAGGAGCCAGGCAGCUCCUGACUGCUGUCUCUUUGUAGAAGGGUUCCUAGCCACCCUGUCAUCCUAUGGCAGAAUGAGAGAGGAUAAACAGGAAACCUCGGGCCAGACUUGAGAUUCAAGUGGUCAUUUGCAGAUCCACAGUUCACACAGGUACUUCAUAUAGAUAGCUGUUGUUUAUGUUGUAUUCAGUCCAGACACACCCAUUUGGAAGUCACAGUUGUCAAAAAUGAAACUGAUAGUUGCUGUUCCGGUCUUUAAGAAAAAAAAUUAUGCCUGUACAUGCAACGUCAUUGCUUCAUAUUGUGAAAGCAUAGUGUUGCUUUCUGUGUCAAAAUCGGUGCCUUGAAUCAAAGCUCAUUGCAUAAAAAGAGUUGAACAUGAGGCACAGAGCAGGGCCUUGUGUUCAGGGGGAUGGUGGAGAGCUUUUUAUCUGAAGUUAUUCAUUAUGUUACUGGAUUGCCAAUAUAUUCCUGAGUCACAUUUGCUAGAAUGUACUAAUCGCUUAGGGAGCAUUUUCCCCAGCUGUAACACGCAGGCAAAGUAAGAACAUGCAGCUUUGUGCCCAGGCCUGCUCUGUGUAAGCAGUCUAUGGAGGAAUAACAACAGGAGUGGGAGAGCUUUGCCAUCAAGCUUCCCAGAUCCUCACUGCUCAUGUUUCCAGCAGAAGCUGCCCUGUUCCGUGCUUGAGAUGUGGCAUACAACAUAAGAAGCGCCUCUUUCCACAUUGUGUACAGGGGACAGGGGAGAGAGCACAACAGAGAAAGCAAGGCAAUUCUCAUAAGAGAAGGCACUCUUCUGAAGGUCUUCUCCUUGCCCAACCCUGGACCAGUGCCUCAGUAGACAUCGCCUCACUUAAGCCCUAUACUCAGUAAGAUGCAUACCAUCAGUGUCUCAGACAAAGAAACUGAAGCUCAGAGAGGGCCAGUCAGUAUCCCAAGGUCAGAAUCCUGAACUCACUGCACACAGUAGAUGGAUGCUACCUCCAAAUGUUUACGUUUUGAGAAUGAAAGUUACUGAAAAGCACAGGGACCAUCCAGCCAGGGCUGUGAUUGCAAAGGAGGAUGACUAAUCUUGCCCAUAGAUCAUAUGUCACUGCUGUGGACAGGGACCCUGGAUUCUUAACUACAGAUUUAAGUUUCUCUGCACAUUAUUUACAAGUACUAGACUGAAACUGUGUUCAUACUUAAGGCCUACAUGGACCAAAGUGCUCACCAUCAAGGCCUUCAUCACUGAAAUCUGUAAAGGAUCUAAUAGUAUCCAAGUUUUCUAUCUUUCUGUAAUGACUAGAAACUCUCUUUGAUGGAUUAGGUGUGUCGUAUCACAUAAAAAUAUACCAAUACAGGAAAUAUACAUUCUUCAGAAAUAUCAGUGGCUGUAAUUUUAAAACAUGAAGAGAGUUUGAGUUGUCAAAAUACACUUAAGUACUUAUUACUAAAAACCUAAUGAGAUGCACAAUAUUCUUUCAUUCGAUAAAAGGCAGUUCACAAGUGUCCCUAACAAUGGCAAUUUCUAAUACAUAAUCAUAUGGUAGAUUUUUUAUGGUAUUCCAUAUUUUCAGAGUUUAAAGUUAUUGCUACUCCUAAUUUAGAAGAAGGAAAAUUAGAAAAACAAACUGCAUGUUAAAAACUACAUCAUAAAUCAGUCCCAGACUUUGAUUCUUGACACAUCAUUUCCUCACAGUCCAGUUUUACCAGUAAGUAAGACUGUUAGCUGGUAUAAUCGGGUUCCAUCUAGUUCGUUGAGAGUCCCUGAUGCUUCAAAGGGCUUUGAAGAGUGGGUUCCAUUUGUAGCCACUAAUUUGUUUAUCAGCUACUUAUCAAAGUUAGAGGAAAUGAAAUCUCAACAGGCCAGACAAUAAGAACAACAUUGAAAACUCACAGGUUUGAGUCUAAUGGGCCCAGUUCAGACAAAUUUGUUUUUGGAAAAUUUCCAGUAAUUCACACUGAAUUAAAUUUUUAGGACUGACCUGGAAGUUCUAGACAUGGCAAUAAAGCAAGGAAAAAAUAUUAAAUGCAUAAAAUUGGAAGGAAGAAAGAAAAGUGUCCUUGUUUAUAGAUGACAUAGUUGUCUACAUAGAAGAUUCCAAAUAAUCUACUUUUUAAAAACUUCAACAAACCUAGAAGUAGUCGGUACAGCAAGGUCUCAGAAUUACAAGAUCAGUGCACAACACUUAAUCACAUUUCCAUGUACUAACAACAAAUAUGAAAACUAAAAUUUAAAACCCUAUAACAUAUACAGUCACUCCAAAGAAAAUUAAAUACUUGGGGUAUAAAGUUAGCAAAACAUGCAGAGGAUUUUUAUGAUUUGAAAAAAUUUAAUGCUAGCAAAAGAAAUCAAGCACUUAAACAAAUGAGAGAUACCAUAUUCAUGGAUUGGUAGGCACAAAAUAAUGAAUGAUGUCAAUUCUUCUAAACUGAACUCUUGGUUUAAUACGGUUUUUACAAAAAUCCCAGCAAAGUUAGUAAACACAUAAAAUUUUACUAUAAAAGUUAUAUUAUGGAAUGGCAGUGUGUCUCAGUGUUCUGGCAUUUGUCUGAUAUGCACAAAGCCCUAUUACAAUCCCAAGCACCACAAAAAAUUAGUUAUAGUCCAAGAUUUGCAGUCUUUGGAACAGUUAACACAAUCAUAAAAGAAGAAUCAAGUAAUAGAAAUCAUUUGACCCAAUGGAAACAUUUGUUAUAUAUCAACAAUACUCAAAACAAUUUGCUAUUGAUGGAGGCAUGGACAUGAAGAUCUAUGGAAUGAAACAGAGAGUCUACUGAUAGACCCAUAGAAUAUGCUUAACUGGUUUUUUACAAAGGUGUGAAAGCCAUUCAGCAUGAAGAGGGCAGUCUUUAACAACUACGCUGAAGCAUGUGGGUAUCCAUAGCAAACCCUGGGCUAACCUCAGACCUUACACAAAAACUAAGCCAAAAUAGCUUAUAUCUAUAAAUAUAAAAUGUAAAGUUAUGAAACUAUAGAAAGAAACAGAAAAUCUUUAGAACCAAUUUAAAAGUUUUGUUCUGCAAAAGACUCCAUUAAGAAAAUGGGGCAGGCGGGGGAGCAACAUAGUGACAGAAAAUAUUUGCAGACUGCAUAUCUGACAGAAUGCUGAAUCCAGACUAUGGACAUUAUAUAUUCUCAAAUACUAGAAUAAGUAUCUACUCUCAAUAUGUAUCUAAACUCAAUAGUUUUUAAAAUCCAAUUAGAAAAACAGGAUAGGAGAGACCAUUUAGUUCACUGCAGAGAAUCCACAAAUGACAAAUAAAUGCAUGAGAAGAGACCCCAGGGAACUGAAAACUAAAACCGCAAUGAGUCACCACUUCACACUACCCGAAACAGCUAAAAGAAAGAAGCCUGAGAACAUCAAAUGCUGGCAAGGACGUAAAGGAAGCAGAUCAGCCAUACACUGCAACUGGGAAAUAAAUGCAACAGCCACUAGGAAGCUAUUGGGCAAUUUCCUUAAAAUGUAAACACGUGGGGCUGGAGGGAUGGCCCAGCAGUUAAGAGCACGGGCUUCUCUUGCAGAGGACCCAGGUUCAAU